GCCGCGGGCUGGGGUAGCGGAGAGGGCUUGGACGAGGGGGCCGUGAGCGCCCCCGCUAGAGUGGCCUGGUUGCAGGUAGCAAGGAAGCCGCCGCAGCGCCUCCGCGAAGGAGGACGUGCCGACCCGGCUGCGCUCCCAAGGCAGCGGCUCGCGUCGGGGUAGGCUGGGCGUGAGCUGGGAGGCCGAGCUGUGAGCGCGAAGGGAGCUGGAGAGACGGCUGCGGCACCUCCAGCAGCCCCGCAGCACACACGACCACCGGGGCUGCGGGACCAAGGGCCGCGUCGCCCGGAGGCCGCCCCUGAGCGGGCCUCGCAGCCCCGCCGUCCAGCGCUCCUUGGCCCGCUCCCGCAGCCAGCCUGCCAACUCAUUCGGGAGCCCGGGGCAUGAACGGCUACGGCUCCCCCUACUUGUACAUGGGCGGCCCGGUGUCGCAGCCGCCGCGGGCGCCCCUGCAGCGCACGCCCAAGUGCGCGCGCUGCCGCAACCACGGCGUACUGUCCUGGCUCAAGGGCCACAAGCGUUACUGCCGCUUCAAGGACUGCACCUGCGAGAAGUGCAUCCUCAUCAUCGAGCGGCAGCGGGUCAUGGCGGCGCAGGUGGCGCUGCGCAGGCAGCAGGCCAACGAGAGCCUGGAGAGCCUCAUCCCCGACUCGCUGCGCGCUCUGCCAGGGCCCCCGCCGCCUGGGGACGCCGCCGCCGCCCCGCAGCCGCCGCCGGCCUCUCAGCCGUCGCAGCCGCAGCCGCCGCGCCCUGCUGCCGAGUUGGCCGCGGCCGCCGCGCUGCGUUGGACUGCCGAGCCGCAGCCCGGGGCUCUGCAGGCGCAGCUCGCCAAGUCAGAUUUGACUGAAGAACGACUUGGAGACGACAACUCGGCAGACAAUACAGAGGUCUUCAGUGACAAAGACACUGACCAGAGGAGUUCCCCAGAUGUGGCAAAGAGUAAGGGCUGCUUCACCCCUGAGAGCCCUGAGAUAGUGCCCGUGGAUGAAGGGGGAUACACUGUCCAGAAAAACGGAGGCAACCCCGAGAGCCGCCCUGACAGCCCCAAGUAUCACGUGGAGCAGAAUCACCUCCUGAUUGAGGGCCCCUCGGGGACUGUUUCUCUGCCCUUCAGCUUGAAAGCCAACAGACCGCCGCUUGAAGUGUUAAAAAAGAUAUUCCCCAACCAGAAGCCAACGGUGCUUGAGCUCAUCCUCAAGGGCUGUGGCGGGGACCUGGUGAGCGCCGUGGAAGUCCUUCUGUCCAGCCGAUCCUCAGUCACGGGAGCAGAGCGAACUUCCGCAGAACCUGAGAGUCUAGUGUUGCCCUCCAAUGGGCACAUCUUUGAACACACCUUGAGCUCCUACCCCAUCUCGUCUUCCAAAUGGUCUGUAGGAUCAGCCUUUCGAGUCCCAGACACGUUGAGGUUUUCUGCCGACUCUAGUAAUGUUGUCCCCAAUCCUUUGGCUGUGCCUCUGCAGCACCCUUUCCCCCAGCCACCCCGGUACCCACUGAUGCUGAGGAAUACUUUGGCUAGAAACCAGUCGAGCCCCUUUUUGCCCAAUGAUGUCACUCUGUGGAACACCAUGACACUGCAACAGCAGUAUCAGCUGAGGUCCCAGUAUGUCAGUCCUUUCCCCAGUAACUCUACCAGCGUCUUCAGAAGCUCGCCCGUCCUUCCUGCCCGUGCCACAGAAGACCCUCGGAUUUCCAUCCCUGAUGAUGGGUGUCCAACUGUGUCAAAGCAGUCCAUUUACACCGAGGACGACUAUGAUGAGAGGUCUGACUCCUCAGACUCUAGAAUACUCAACACAUCAUCUUAAAGUGAUGCUGGAUGGGUGGCGGCCAGGUGACAUUUUCUGUGCGUUAUGACCCUGAGGCAUCUGACGAGAGGCCACAUCUUGUGUAUGCCCUUUCCUUCUGUUUGACAAAGUGACUGUGCUUGAUUCUAUACAUUAGCAAUAAAAACAUAACUUAUUUAA